UGUGGUGUGUGUUGUGUGAGUGAGGACGUACAGAGCAAUAACUGUAUCCCUCAGUCCAAAAGUCAGCGCUGCUCUGCUGAAGCUGCUGAUGCUGCUGAUGCUGCUCCGCAUACCGGCACACCGGCGCAGCUCAACCUCGGGACAGGGACCAAACAUCAGGCCAUAGGGUGGUGUGAAGGUUAUUGAGCUGAUCGGACAGAUACCAGUCGCUAUGGAGCUGCACCUGUUCGCCACGGCCUGUCUCCUCUUUGGCAGGAUAAUGAUGACUCAUCAGACUCACAUGAACUCAGUGACUACGUUUCUGUUCACUCCACGCGGGCCUCAGAUGUUUCCGUGUCUAACUUACCUGGAGCGGUACGUCAGAGUGGACUGCGAGUUUCCAGCCACCUACCAGGUCCCCGGGCCCUACUGUGAAUAUCGGCAGGACAGCCGGCUGGUGGGCAGCACCUACCCCAACGCCAUUGUCUAUGUGUCCGCAGAGGACCGCAGGAGGAGCAACGUCAGCCUGGUCAAUCCCAAUUUGUGCCGCCUCACCUGGGCCCCACUGGCUGAUGAGAAGCCUUUCACCUACACCUGCAGGGUUUACCAGGGCAGCAGCUGGAAGGAGAACAGCAUGGCCGUCCAUCACAGGAUUCUUCCAAUCUGCUCUGCAAUCAGCGUAAUGUGCCAAUCAGCGCCAUGGCUUUUGUCACUGGUGAUGUCACUUCCUAUGGCUGUGGGUCUUCUGAGUCCAUGAACUUCACUUUCACAGGGAUACAACUCAAUGGACUUCAUCCAGGAUUUGUGACUUACUCUGGUUUGAUGGUUGGUGGUUGACUCUGAUGAUUUUAUUUUAUUUUUUAUUUUUUAGGCAGAGAGUAGAAGCCAUGACAACCCCUCAAAAUAAAUAAGACGUAAAUCAACCUCUCAUUGAGCAUUGGAUUAUUCUUUAAAGAUGUAAAAUUAUGAUGUUAUAGAAUAAAAUAAAAUGUUAAUUUUCUAUUAUAGUAGCUAUUAAAAAGAGCAGAUUGCAAUCAGUUUUUUAAUCUGUUGUCUUGAUCAGGUCCCCCUUGUAAAUAAGAUUCAUUGGGACCUAUACCUACAUUAUAUAAACAGUCAACAGUAAAUAUUAAUUUUGUGGUUUUGUAUUUUUUUUUUAAGAAAAAGAGAUGCUUCCUAUAGAUUUUUAUUGCAUCUUAUUGCGGUACCGGACACAAAUGGGUGUAAUUAUGUUCCCUGACAUUAAAAGUGGAGAGCUUCCCUCGACACUAAAUGAAUGGAGUGCCCAUUGAUUGGAUUUAUUAUGCUACACAUUUAUCAAACGUUACAGCUUUUUGUCUGUCAGUUCAACCCCUGAUUUGGAUUACAUUACAGUCUCACUAGUUUGCUCAGCUCUACAGCGCGGUAUAUAGUAUGCAUUAUAGACAGGUAUUCAGGGGGCUGAUAUGGCUGUUGAGUAAUCGUAAAGAAUAACUGCUCAAACACUGCCUUUCCUACUAGCUAAUGCUAAUACCUUCAGUACCUUAAAAUAAAACAAAGACGUCAGUACAAUGGACGCCCAUGUGAGAUUCACCUGCUUAUAGCAAAGUAGUUCAAACUGUCUUUUUUCUACUCACACAUGGUGCAAUAUCAGUUUAUUCCCCCAUGGGCAGCAAUAAAACAAAUACUUAACGUGAUUGGGAAGAUAGUUCUUUACUUGAAGAUCUUUGGACAAAAGACUUUAAUGUCAGUUUCACUCGGUGCUUUGAUGCUAAUUUGUCCUACAGCCUAAAAAUGCAUGCAGAUGUGUAACUGUUUUAACUUCUAGUUUGCGGAGACCAUAUAAUGAUGUGGUUGAGGUGGAGGUCUCACAUUGAGAGUGAUACUGCAGCUGAAUAAAUGACCUAUUUCUUAAGCAGGUCAAGUAAUAACUCAUGAACAGACAUUGAGUAUAUGGUGAAAGCAAGAGGUGGUGGAAGUGGUUUUGCACAGUAAAUAUUCAUGGUAAUAAUCAAUGUGUUUAAAUUAGACAUUGCUCUCCUCCUGUACAAGUAUGCAUGUGUUAAUGCACACACACAGACAAUAUGUGUAUGAACUGUAUGAGAAUAUUGUAGCUUUAUGGGUUUUUAAAAAACGGCCUCCAUUUGAAUAUUUUAUGUCUCCGUUUACACACCUUCCACACUGUCUAAACACACACAUUUAACGCCUUUAUAUUAUAUAUCUCUGUAUGCUGCAUACUUAUUUCAGCCUGCUAUUUUUUACUUUGAUGCCACAUUUCUAAUUAUGUCCACAGUGCAUUACUGCUUUAUGUUGCCUUCAUUUUGAAGAUGCCACGCUGAUCAGUAUUAUUUGCAAAGUAGUACUUGUAAUAAAGAUGUCUUAUAUUUUUCAA